CACGGUACACGGGUUUUACACGGACACUAUGGAUGGGACGCAUGGAUUAUUGCGCACGGAUUAUUAUUGCGCAAUUCUUCUCUGACUGUUCACAUGUUCUCCUCAGAUGUCGUGUGUGCGCGCGUGUGUGUGUGUGUGUGCGCGUGUGUGUGUGUGUGCGCGUGUGUGUGUGUGCGUGUGUGUGUGUGUGUGUGUGUGUGUGUGUG